UAAUGAUAUUCAAAAGAUUGAGUGAAUAAUUAUAAUAUUUUCAAAUUAAUAAUUGCUGAAUUAUCUAAUUUAGUUGGGAAAUAUUUAUUUACUUUUCUAAUAGUUUGUUUCCUUCAUAUAAUACUUACAUAUCUUUUGUUUCCUUUUUGAAAGAUUUUUUUUAGUUCCAAAUUUGUUUAAAUUUCUAUCUUUAUGUUAACAUUAUAUAUAAAUCUAAGUGAUAAAAGUUUUUAAUAUGUAAUUUUAGUUGAUAGACUUAAUAUAUACGUCUACAAUCAUGCCAAUAAGUUUUUUUAAUAUGUUAAUUACUUAGCCUUACUUUUUAUGUAAUAAGAUAAGGUUGUAAUAAAUACUACAUUUGACUUCCGGGUUACCAAAUUAGUAUGAAGGGAAGAAACCCUCCUCUAAUCUACUUCUCGACUUUUUUGUUUAUAUUACAGAGAGAUCUUGUCUGACUUCUAAGUUUCGAAGACUCGAAGAGCAUGUUUAUUCGGGGUCAUUAGUGAGGUUCUUAGUGCGUGGGCUCACACAAAACCCUUAAGGAUCAGUUACAAAAACUACUAAUUAAGAUCUGAUUUUAGUGAGUUUCUUACAUUGUUCGCGGGCCCUACUGAUUCGUGGCGGCUGGUCCAGUUUGUUUGGUACGUAAAACUAGGUUCUCUUUGUAUCUCUUAGUGUUGGAUUUGAUAAGAUGUUUUCAUUGUUUAAUGGCAAAUCUUAUUGUUGUAGUAAUCUCGGAUCAGUUUUGGAUAGUAGAUUGUUCUGAUAUAAACCAUUUGCGCUCAUAUAUGUUAAAAAAUUUAGUAAAACCCUAUGAAUUCUAAUUUUUUUUCAAGAUUCUAGAAUCUGCAACAAUAAAAGAAGACAUCGUCAUCAUCAUCCGUGAUGCCAGACUGGUCUCUUCUACCAGAGGAGCUACUGAACAUUAUAUCAGAGAAUGUGGAGGACUGUUUCGAUAUUGUUCAUGCUCGCUCUGUUUCAAACUUUUGGCGAUCCACAUUUUCCUUUCCUUGCAUGUUACGCCGCCCAAGUUACUCUCUUCCUUCCUUCGCCAACUUCCCUAGCAAAAGCAAAGGCUUGUGCACCCUUGAGAAGAUCCCUUUGUUCCUCUUUAGAGUCCAAAAUCCUCCUCCUGCCUCUGCUUCUGAGUAUUUUCUAGGAGGGAUAGGCCGAGAUGAGUCAGAGGAUCUGACAGAACUUCCAUCUCCUCUUCAGUGUUCAGUGAAAGUGAAGAUCCCAGGAUCUGAUCCAACUUUGAUGAACAUGCGUGACGGCCAGAUCUUCCCUCUUGGCCAUCAGUACAGAAUCAGUUGAUUCUAAAGAGUACAGAAGCCUAGCUUUUCUUCCCCUACACAAGGAGGGAAGAGAAGAAUUCAUUGUGCUUCUCAGCUUCAGUAGAUUUUUUUUGGCGUUAAGAAGUUCUGAAAUGAAGUGGAAGCUGGUUAUGGGAUUCAAA